UCAAUUUGUCUUCUCAGAACUCAUAAAACACAAGUACUGUACUUCUCUCUCUAGCUUUCUCUCUCUAACAGACAACUUGCCCAAAGACCAAACAACACACUUCGCAGCCUUUCGGAGAUCUCAAGGGCCUUAAACCCAUCUUUUUUUCUCGAUAUUUCCUAAGCUCUCUCUUCUUACAUAACCCAUAUCAAUAUUUAAUCUUCAUAAACACCUUCAAAAAAACUUGAAAAAAACUUAAAACUAGAAAAAAGAUGGCCACCCUUUCUUCAAUUCAUUCCCGUUCUUAUUCAAAUUCAAAUUCUUUAUUCUCUUCCUCUUCGUCUUCCAUUAAUGGGCAACAAUCUCAACGAUUAACUCUGAUUUCUAAGAAGUUUUUAACAGCAGCAGCUAAGGAUUCACUAAAAUCUCAAAAUAAUGCAUACCCAGAUGUGAUUCUUAUGCAGGACGGUGCAGUGGCCAGCCCAGUGAACCCUGUAAAAAAUGAGAAUUCUUUUGUGAAAUUGAAAGAUAGUUUGUUAUCUUCAGUAACAUCUUCAGAUGAAAUAAAAGAAGAAAUUGGUUUUGAUUGUAAUAAUGAAGAUGAGUCAACUGUCAGCAUCACUGUUGUUGGAGCUUCUGGGGACCUUGCUAAGAAAAAGAUUUUUCCUGCACUUUUUGCCCUUUAUUAUGAGGGAUUUCUCCCCAAGCACUUCACUGUGUUUGGUUAUGCUCGGAGUAAGAUGACUGAUGCUGAACUUAGAAACAUGGUUAGCAGGACGCUGACUUGCAGAAUUGAUAAGAGGGAGAACUGUGAAGAAAAGAUGGACGAGUUUCUUAAAAGAUGUUUUUACCAUUCUGGUCAGUAUGAUUCUCCGGAACAUUUUGCAGAACUAGACAAGCAUCUGAAAAUACAUGAGGGCGGGAGAGUUUCCAAUCGCCUUUUUUAUCUGUCAAUUCCUCCGAAUAUUUUCGUUGAUGCAGUAAAAUGUGCUAGCUCGUCAGCUUCAUCUGGUAAAGGCUGGACCAGGGUCAUUGUUGAGAAGCCUUUUGGCCAAUGUUCAGAUUCUUCUGCUGCUCUGACAAAGUCACUCAAGCUAUACCUAGAAGAAGAUCAAAUAUUUAGGAUUGACCAUUAUCUGGGUAAAGAGCUGGUAGAAAAUCUUUCGGUUCUCCGCUUCUCCAAUCUCAUUUUUGAACCCUUGUGGUCAAGGCAGUAUAUAAGGAAUGUACAGUUAAUUUUCUCUGAAGACUUCGGCACCGAAGGACGUGGAGGGUAUUUUGAUAAUUAUGGGAUAAUCAGAGAUAUAAUGCAGAACCAUCUGCUUCAAAUUCUCGCACUCUUCGCCAUGGAAACCCCAGUCAGUCUAGAUGCAGAAGACAUAAGAAAUGAAAAGGUCAAAGUUUUGCGAUCCAUGAGGCCUCUACGGCUUGAAGAUGUGUUCAUAGGUCAGUAUAAGAGUCACACCAAGGGAGGAGUUUCUUACCCAGGCUACACUGAUGACAAGACUGUGCCAAAAGACAGCUUAACUCCAACAUUUGCAGCCGCGGCCCUCUUUAUCGACAACGCAAGAUGGGACGGGGUGCCUUUUCUUAUGAAAGCGGGAAAAGCAUUACAUAAUAAGAUGGCUGAGAUACGUGUACAGUUCAGGCAUGUACCCGGUAACUUAUAUAACCGGAACUUUGGAACAGAUCUUGAUCAAGCUACGAAUGAGCUUGUAAUCCGAGUGCAACCAGAUGAAGCUAUCUAUUUAAAGAUCAAUAACAAGGUCCCUGGCUUGGGAAUGAGAUUGGAUCGGAGCAAUCUAAAUCUUCACUAUGCAGCAAGAUAUUGCAAGGAGAUUCCUUGUGCGUACGAAAGGCUGUUGUUAGAUGCCAUAGAAGGUGAAAGAAGGUUAUUUAUCAGGAGUGACGAACUAGACGCCGCUUGGUCACUGUUCACUCCCGUAUUAAGGGAGCUUGAAGAGAAAAAGAUCAUUCCGGAAUACUAUCCAUACGGGAGUCGAGGCCCUGUCGGUGCUCACUAUCUGGCAGCACGAUACAAUGUAAGAUGGGGAGAUCUAUGUGUAGAGCAGUAAAAGAGAAGUGGUGUUUUGACAGUGAAAAUGAAGUGUAGGAUAGAAGAGAAGCUUAAUGCUUUAUAAAUGUGUAUUAGGAUGGUAAUAAUGUAUGAGGGAAUAUCAGAAUUGUUCUUCCCACUUUCUGAGUUACACUACAUUCCUUUGUUCUUUUCUGUUUCUUCUCCAUUAUAGUAAAUAACAGGAAACUUUAAUAA